AUGGCUACUGCAACGGUAACGUCAACCCAGACGAACAACGGAACCCUCGAAUUGCACGGUGGAUCACCGUCCAAGCUACCAAAAACGCUCCCCGCGGACUUCAUCGAGCGAUUCCCAAAGAUCUCGCGGGAGCAAGCCGGCCACCUGCGCCACUUCCACAACCUCGCCACCCAGAAAGAUGGCGAGUGGAAGCACAUGGGCAGCCAGGAGCCCGGGCAAGAAUGGCUCGACGCCUACCGCUACCAGCUGGCGACCAUGGCCUACGCCGCCGGCGCCGCGCACUAUCACCACUUGCCCGCGUUGAGGUCCACCUUCAAGUCCUUGCUGGAGAGCCUGAUUCACAAGAUGCUGCUGCGGGAUGUUUGGGGAUACUGGUUCUUGACGAGUCACAGCGGGAUUAUGGUCGACCCGGAUAUCAAGGAGCUGAGGAAGCCUUGGGCUGAUCCGGUUGUUCGCGAAAACAUCAUGUACUCCGGACAUCUCCUUCUCAUGGUCUCGCUCCACGAGAUGCUCUUCCACGAGGGCAGGUUCGACGAGGAGGGCUCGAUCGAAUUCAACUGGAACCCCAUCUUCUGGGGCAUGGGGCCAGAGAGGUUCUGCUACACGAGGAAGACGCUGCAGGAGGCCAUACUGCGGGAGAUGGAGCGGGAGAACUGGCUGGGGGUGUGCUGUGAGCCGAAUAGCAUCUUCGUCGUUUGCAACCAGUUUCCUUUGAUUGCAUUGAGAUAUAACGAUGUCCGGGACAAGGUCGACAUCUCUACGGGUGUGUUGGAAAAGUACCAAGCCGCAUGGAAAGCCAAGGGCAUGGUCUCAGACGACGGUCUCAUCGUCGACUGGUACUCGCCCAAGCAGAACCGAACAAAGCCCCCGUCCGACAUUGCCUUCACCUCUUGGGCUCUCGCAUUCAUGAACUCCUGGAACCCAGACUUCGCCCGCCGCACGAGCAAAGACAUAGCCACCGGGUACCUGGCCAAGUCCGCCGAGGGCUACGUCUUCGUCCCCAAUCCCGAAGUCUCGUUCAAGAUCCGCGAACUCGUGACGUCGGAGCGCCUCGACCCCAUGGACCCGGCCACCUACGCCAGGGCCGCGAAAGCGGUCGCCGAGCAGAACUUGCCGGCGAGCAAGUUCCCCUUCACGAAGCCGCAUUUUGCGUACGCAGCGAUGUGGGCGUCGGAGUUGGCGGAACCGAAGCAUGUGGACGGGUUGCUCGCGUAUGCGGAUGCGAAGAUGAAUCCGACGUGGGAGGACGGAGGCCUGUUUUAUGGCAGCGGCGGCAGGUCUGAGGGGGGCUCCGGGGUGGAUGUGAUAAGCGGCAAUGCUGCGGUUGCGUAUGCGAGGUUCAACGCCCCGGAUGGCCAGCGUAGGAUGUAUGAGAAGCCUUGGGACGAGGAGCACUUUGCGGCUGUGCCUUUUGUUAAGAAUGUUGAUCUCGCGAGUGGGGUUGACUUCUUGCGAGGAAGCUGGGAUGAGGGGCUUCAGGCGCUGGCGGUUACGCUGCGCUCGUGGGAUGGCACAAGCAAGAGCAUUCAGCCUCAGUUUACCGGGCUUCGAGAGGGCACGUAUGGCAUCUAUCAAAACGGUGUGCUUCAUCAGACACAUGAAGUCAAGGGCAGAGACGACGUUAUCGCGCUUGACCUUCAGGUAUCAGGGGAUGAGGUUGACCUGGUUCUGGUGAGGUCUCACUGA